AUGUUACAGAGAAAUGUUGCAGGGCGCGAAACGGAGGACGACGAGGAACGGGGUGUACAGGAGCUGGGCGUUACGCAUUCACCGGUUCAUGGCGGUGGGGAGGAUGUGGAAAUUACUCGGUGCUACUGUGGCCUUCAGCACAACGACGAUUUCAUGAUUCAAGCUUGGCAGCAUGGUGUCUGUGUGGAUAUUGAUGAGGAAGAUGUACCAGACAUUUAUAAAUGUGACGAGUGUGAACCACGUUCGAUGAAGUUGACCAAAGAGGAAGCGUAUAACUUACAAUCGAAAAAAUUGGCACGACAGCACCGCAGAGCUGCUUGUAAGCACCGAACAGAGCAGAAAGUGGAACAGCGGAGAUCAAGCGGGGAUGCAUCGGUACUGGAAACAUUGCGCGAGACAGGCGGCAUAAGCCUAAUGUUUGUGGCACACAAUAUUCAAGGACUGGUAGCCACACGUGUGUUCCGUCCGGAUGAACCAGUGCUGUAUUUUUGUGGGCGAAUAUCGCUUGCUACUGAAUGUAGCGGUCGUGACGAGGGAAUGGUCAUGCCUUUUGUGAUUCUUUACAGUGAUCUUGUGAUUGAUGGGAAAGACGAACAUACGCCAAUUUGUGUGGACGCUCGUCAGUUUGGCUCGGUUGCACGCUUUGCGCGUCCAUCGUGCCGACCAAAUAUCAAACUUCGACAUUUGUUUGUGCAAGGACGUCUGCACAUUAUUGGUGUGGCUGCGCAUCGUAUUGAAAGUGCAAUCGAGGUGGGUGCUAUCUUUUAUAGUUUCCUGUCGAAAAAAACAUGUCAUUUGACUGUACCAUUCGACGGUGAUUAUAUGAUGUCCAAAACAAAACUUGUUUGUGCUUGCCACGACGAUGAGUGUGAUGAGGUUAACCAGUGUAUCAUUGAAAGUUUCAACAAGUCAUUGGAGCAGAAGCACGAUUCUGAAAAAUUAGAGAUUAUGACUUUUCGCGCAGAGUCAGUGAAGCCGAAAAGGGUCGCUGGUGGCAAACGCAUUAAAACAUGUGAUACAGCCACGUCAGAAGCCGCAAGUUGCGCCGAAGAACCUCAAAAAGCAGAAACGUCAACGAACAAGGAUAUGAGUGGCACUCAUGUUUUGAGAAGAAAAGAGACUGUUGCCGCACAAGACGAAGCGAUUACAACACGCAUACAGGUGAAAAAAGAAAAACAAUUAUCGCCUGCACCACGAAACGAAAGUGCCAAGCAAGACGGAUGUGCUAGUAAGGUUCCUGCAGACCUGCCAAAAAAUGAAAAAAUGAAAUCUGUGGAACGACGGAGUGAAAUGAAUUAUAAAAGUGAAUGCAAAAAGCCGAAGGCUUCGGUAAGUAGCACUGCUGAACUGCCGAUGAGAAGGAGAACUGUCAGUUCUGCUGACGAGUUUGGUGAAAAAAUUGAUGAUAUCAGUGCGGCAGAGAAACUCCCCAGUAAAAGCACACGAGCGGCGAUGGAACCUGAAGCAACAAAUUCUGCAGCUCCACUGGACCAAAACAGACCUAUGUCUCGAGAGGAGCGUAAAUUGCAGCAGCAGAUUGAUUUAUUUGAGAGAAUGCAGCAGCGUGAUGCAAAACGACAAAAACUUGUUGCAUUGGCACGGAAACGGUCAACCAGCACGGGGAGAGCAUGCCGUGCUUCUGCAAGUGCUCAUGGACCUUCGACGGUCAAAUCAAAGAAAAAGCAGAGUGUGAAAGGCAAAUCUCAUCGAAAGCGACUGGUGCCAAAGAAAUCGGAAAGAAAGCAGAGCCAGAAGCAAGCGACCUCAACAGUGGUAUCAAAGCGAAGUAGCAUAGUAGACGCUAGUGCCACAGCUCAACAGGCCACCGCUCUAUCGAAAGAAAACGAAUCUGAGCAGCAACAGCAUCAGCAGAAUGAGUCGAAAUUCUCAGCAAAAACAGAGAAUUUUGAAGGUGCGCUAAUUAUUUUAUUUUUGAAUGCGAAGCACUGUGUGCAUCAGCUUCGUCUCUUUAUCACGGGCUUUUCUGAGGUUGCUCAAGAUGGAAUCAAAAGCGCGGAUUCCUCGACUGGGAUGGAGCCAACAGUAAAGAGAAUGAAGGGUUGCCGUGAAAAGAGCGAUACGGAGGCACAGGGCAACGCGGUUUGUGCUGUGACAUCAUCGGCCGUCGAAAAUGCAGUUCACGUUUCCACACUUAUUCGUGAGUUGAUGGGAAUGCCGUUCGUCCAUACUCCAAACGAUUUCGAGCUUGGUUUCGAGAAACAGAAGCAAGCUGAGUUGCCUUCAACAUCAGCUUCUGACAGCAGCCAUAUCAACCAAAAGCCAACGAAGAAAGUAUUGUCAUUGGAGGAAUAUAAAAAAAGGAAGGGCACGAAUGUUGCUGCGAAGUAA